AUCCACCUCAUUCAGCUUUUAUCAGUACUAACAGUAUUCGUAUAGCACACUCUAUAUCCCUUCGUUCUUCUUUGUGGGUUUAAAACAAAUUAGGGUUUUAAUCGGGUUGUGGGUAAUGGCGAGUUCAUACUCAUCUUCGAUCACCAUCUCAAAGGUUGGAUCGAAGUUUGUGCAGCAUUACUAUGAGGUGCUUCAGCGUCAGCCGGAACUUGCUCACCGGUUUUACACCGCUUCUAGUACCAUCAUCCGAGUUGAUGGCGAGUCUACUCAGUCCGCAUCGGAUAUAUCUAAAAUCCAAACGCUUGUUGAGUCAUUACACUUGAGUGAGAUUGAAAUCAAGACCGUAAACUCUGUUGGAUCAUGGAGCGGAGGAAUUACUGUGGUGGUGUCUGGUUCAGUCAAAUCGGAAAGCUUCAGUGGUCGGAGGAAGUUUGUUCAGACGUUUUCUCUUGCUCUUGUUCAGCCGUUUUCUCAUGCUAUUGUUAUGAAUGAUAUUUUUCACUAUGUUAGCGAGGAAGACUUAUCGGGUGUCAUAUACGAAAAAGACGUCACUGAUAUUUUUAAUAUCAAGAGAAACGACAGUGAGACCGUUGAAGACUUCACGUCCCGGUUCACCAAAGAAUCCUCACAGAUCCCACAAGCUAGCGACGAUAUGAAGAUAUCGGCUUUUAUUUAUGGCGUACGUAACGACCAACUGGUGAAGAAUCUAAAACAAAACUACCCAAAAACAUUCAAAGACAUGAUACAUCAAGUUAGAGGUUUUGUUAGGGGAGAGAAGGCGUGCGCGUUACUGAAAGAUGCUGACACACAGAAGCCCGCACGCGCUAUGCGCCCCAAAAAGCGGAAGCGGAAUAGGGGCUCAAGGAGAGCAGCGUCGUUUCGGAGGUCCAGGCGAAACACUUUCUCACCGUACCAUCCUAUGAGACAAGACCACUCCUCGCAAAUCAUGGAUGGAACAACCUUGCGAACGAAUGAUUUCCAGGAGGCCCCUCUUGUCGUUACGCUACAAUGCCCGGUCAUCGUCUCGGGGUUCAUGUCGUUCGACGUAAGAGACAUGUCCAUUGGCGGAUAAAAUCAACCAAGCUUGAAGAGAAUGAAGGCAGAUCGAUAGUCUAGGCGCAGGUGGCGAUCAUGCUUGAUGAUUUCAAGUUUGUUUAACUAUAGAGUGUAGUCGUUCUACGUUUAGUUUUUGCAUAGUUUUUUUUAUCAAUUCGUAUCUUUUGAGGACGGUGAUGUGAUGCCGAUGAUGGUGUUGAAACUUAAAAACGGAAUGUUGGAUAGUUUUUAUCAUGAGCAUGUAUAUAUGCUUCGUGGUUUUUAGAUCA